AUGGCUGCAGAUGAGACGGCGGUGGUCAAUCGGCCGAAGCGUGUGCGGACAGAUCUUCUUACUGAUGAGACGUUUUUAUUACGCGCAUUUAGCCUCACUUGCAGAGAACGUCAUCUGAAAUGUGAUGAAGCAACUCCAGACUGUCAGAAUUGCCGAAAGUCAAGUCGGAUAUGCAAGCGUGGUGUGCGGCUCAAUUUCAUCGAUAUUCAAACUGAGCAACCCCCGGUAGUGCCCAUCUCACACGAGUGGAAGGUCCAUUUCCAAGAUGAGUCCAGAGAUAUUGCGUCGGAGUAUGCUGGUGGUAUUUCUCGAUAUGCUGCUGUUUCUCAUGCUCCUGCCCCAAAGACUACUAGGAAUUCACCGCCCACACCGCGGUCUACGGCAAAGAUCAGCUCUGCUCCAUCCGCAGUGCAUAAUACUUUACCUCCGAUUCUGCCAUUGUUGCCUACUCCAAUGCAUAUGGGGGAAAGUAACAACAAUCGUGAAGAGGUAAAUAAUCAUGCUCACCGGCAAUCAUAUAAUCCAAAUAAUUAUGCGCCACCCCCACCACCGCCCCCACCACCGCCGCCGCCGCCAUCAUCCGCAACGAUGAGUUCAGAACACAAUCUGAGUCCACCGCCACCACAGAAGGAGGCUCGGAGUCAUUUGAACGAUAAGGAAGAGACGUUAUUCAUGCAGUUUUCCCGCCUUUUACCAUUUUCAUCACUCAGUGAACCCAUGCUUCUUAACGCUUUCCUAGCAUGUGGAGCUCGUCAUCUCACAUUGGUCAAUCCUGCGUACCACGAAGACAAGGCACUUAAUUAUUACGAUACGGCUACCCGCCUUCUUCUUAAUUCCCUACAGAAUCCCAACCGCGAUACAGAAAUGUGCGCAACAACAGCGGUCAUCCUUAAUGUUUAUGAGAUCAUGUCUGAAAGAGCCACUCAAAGAAUGAACCACAUUGCAGGAGCACGUGCUCUAUUGAAAGAAUGUGGAUGGAAUGCUAGGACAAAGGGCAUUGGUGGUGCUUGUUUUUGGCUGAAUGUGUCUAUGGAGUUACUCAGUUGCUUACACUUCAACUGGGCAGUCGCAUGGGAGCCUGAUGAAUGGGGUGUUGAUAUGGAUUUCAGCCGGGAUUCCGAGCCUGGAAAGGAAGAAAUAUGGGCGUAUAGAAUCACCUACAUUCUGGCCAAGAUUGCAAACUUCAGGGCUGCUGCCAAUACUGCGAACCAACAGGAGGUCAAUUACUCGGAUAUGUAUCUUGGUGAGACGACGCAAAAGCGAUAUCAAGAGUGGAAGCGCCUGAGAGACUUGUGCGAUGCUUGGAAUGAACGUUGCCCGCGCAAUAUGCACCCACUGGCGUAUCUUCACUCUUACCAGACCUCCGCAAAGUCCGCCUUCCCAGAGGUCUGGCUCAUCAAGAGAUCAGCCAUAGUAGCACGUCUCUUCUACCACACGGCUAUGGUUUUAUUAGCCCAGCUCAACCCGUGGAUGCCCAGGAUGUCUGAGGAAAUGCAUGACACCGUGAUGUCGCACUCUCACCAGAUCUGCGGCAUUGCAGCGCACGUGAAGGACCGAGGUGUUGCAAGUGUUGCCCUGCGAUCAUUGGCCAUUGCCGCAGAGUGCCUCACAGUUCGUCGGGAGCAGGAAGAAAUCCUUGUGAUCUUCCAGAAAAUUACAAAAGAGACGGGAUGGAGGGUUGGUUUCGUGUACAAAGAACUGAAGAUCAAGUGGGGCUGGGAAGCCCCUGAUCCUCCACCACAGCCAACGUCUCUGCUGCAAUCGGCUAUGCUCCAUCAAAAUCCUCCCCCGUCUGCGCAGUAUAACCAGUACCAGCGGCAACAGCAACAGCAGCAACAGCAGCAGCAAGCCCCACCCCCAAGGAAGUUACCGCACUUGGUGAAUCCGUUGAUUUCUGCGACGCACUUUUCGUCGGACUCGCAUCCGUACCAUCCGCAUUAUGUUUCGGCACCCCCGCAACAGGUUGAUCGUCAUCAUGGCCAUUAUAUGUGA